GUGGGGCGGGCAAUGGCGGCGCCCGGCGAGCCUCGGAGGGUCAGGCCUUGAGGCGGCGGCUGAGCAGGACGAGCGCGACGCGAUCCCGCGAUGGGGGACACGCCGGACGAGGCCGCGCUGCACCGGCUGGAGGGCCUGGCGCCGGAGACGCAGGUGGGCGGCCUGCUGAUCAAGAAGAAGAGCGCCGCGGAGGAGCAGCACGUCUUCAAGAUCCCGGCCCCCCGCACCUCCCUGCUGGGCCUCGACCUCCUGGCCGCCCAGAAGCGCCGCGAGCGGGAGGACAGGGACAACGGCGCCGAGGAGCGGAAGCGGUCCCGGGUCUCCUCCUACAAGGACUGGGCGGAGGGCAAGGACGAGGGGGCGGAGGGUAAGGACGAGGAGGACGGAGACGCCGCCGGACACAGCAGCCGCAAGGACAGGCAUUACCGCUCUGCUCGGGUUGAGACCCCGUCCCACACCGGGGGAGUCAGCGAGGAGUUCUGGGAGCGGAGCCGGCAGCGAGAGCGAGAGCGUCGCGAACAAGGGGUCUAUGCCUCUUCCAAGGAGGAGAAAGAGCGCAAGAAGGACCAUGGCCGGGAUCGGGAGCAUGAUCGCAAACGGGACCGGGACCGAGAGGAGAGGGACCGAAGCCGGCGCAGCGGCGGCGGCAGCCGGUCAGAGAGGGAGGGCUCCUCAGAGAGAGGCGGCAGCAGUGGCAGCAGCAACAACCGGCGGAACGAGCCGGAGAGCCCCCGCCACCGGCCCAAAGAUGCAGCCACGCCUUCUCGCUCCAGCUGGGAGGAAGAAGAGAGCGGCUACAGCAGCUCCCGACGCUCCCAGUGGGAGUCCCCCUCCCCCACCCCUUCCUACCGGGAUUCUGAGCGAAGCCACCGGGGGUCUGCUUCCCGCGACAGCGACAGGCGUGACCGUGACCGGUCUGUGAGAAGUAAAUAUUCAGAGGACACCCCCUUGCCAACUCCUUCGUACAAAUACAACGACUGGGCUGACAAUCAAAGGCACUUGGGUACAACGCCUUGGCUGUCCCGAGGCAGAGGGAGGCGUGAGGAUGGGGCGGAUGGCAUUGCCUUUGAGACGGAGGAGGAGCGUCAGCAGUGGGAAGAUGACCAGAGGCAAGCUGACCGGGACUGGUACAUGAUGGACGAGGGCUACGAUGAGUUCCACAACCCGCUGGCCUCCUCAUCCGAGGAGUACGUGAGGAAGCGGGAGCAGCACCUGCAGAAGCAAAAGCAGAAGCGCAUUUCGGCUCAGCGCAGGCAAAUCAACGAGGAUAACGAGCGCUGGGAGACGAACCGCAUGCUGACGAGCGGCGUGGUGCACCGCCUGGAAGUCGAUGAGGACUUUGAGGAGGAUAACGCCGCCAAGGUUCACCUCCUGGUCCACAACCUGGUGCCCCCCUUCCUGGACGGGCGCAUUGUCUUCACCAAGCAGCCCGAGCCCGUCAUCCCUGUCAAAGAUGCCACUUCUGACCUGGCGAUCAUCGCCCGCAAAGGCAGCCAGCUCGUGCGCAAGCAUCGUGAGCAGAAGGAGCGCAAAAAGGCUCAGCACAAGCACUGGGAGUUGGCAGGCACCAAGCUGGGGAACAUCAUGGGCAUCAAGAAGGAAGAGGAGGAGGAGGGGCCGCACCAGGUCCUGGCCGAGGACGGCACCGUGGAUUACAGGACCGAACAGAAGUUUGCCGAUCACAUGAAAGAGAAGAGUGAAGCCAGCAGCGAGUUUGCCAGGAAGAAGUCGAUUGCAGAGCAGAGGCAGUACUUGCCCAUCUUUGCUGUGCAGCAGGAGCUGCUGACAGUCAUUCGGGACAACAGCAUUGUGAUUGUCGUGGGGGAGACGGGCAGCGGCAAAACCACGCAGCUGACGCAGUACCUCCACGCGGACCGCUACACGGACUACGGCAUGAUUGGCUGCACGCAGCCCCGGCGAGUGGCAGCCAUGUCGGUGGCCAAGCGUGUCAGUGAGGAGAUGAGCGUGAGCCUCGGUGAGGAGGUGGGCUACGCCAUCCGCUUUGAGGACUGCACGUCGGAGAAUACGGUGAUCAAGUACAUGACGGAUGGGAUCUUGCUGCGCGAGUCUCUGCGUGAAGCCGACCUCGACCACUACAGCGCCAUCAUCAUGGACGAGGCGCACGAGCGCUCACUCAACACCGACGUCUUGUUUGGCCUCCUGCGAGAGGUGGUGGCUCGGCGCUCAGACCUGAAGCUGAUUGUGACCUCGGCCACCAUGGACGCGGAGAAGUUUGCAGCUUUCUUUGGGAAUGUGCCCAUUUUCCACAUCCCGGGCCGCACCUUCCCCGUUGAUGUCCUCUUUAGUAAGACCCCGCAAGAGGACUAUGUGGAGGCCGCGGUGAAGCAGGCUCUGCAGGUGCAUCUCUCCAGCGCCCCAGGGGACAUCCUGAUCUUCAUGCCUGGCCAGGAGGACAUUGAGGUCACCUCGGAGCAAAUUGUGGAGCACCUGGAGGAGCUGGAGAAGGCCCCUGCCCUGGCUGUGCUGCCCAUCUACUCUCAGUUGCCCUCUGAUCUGCAGGCGAAGAUUUUCCAAAAGGCUCCCGACGGCGUCCGGAAGUGUAUUGUGGCCACCAACAUUGCCGAGACCUCGCUGACCGUGGAUGGGAUCAUGUUUGUGAUAGACUCCGGCUACUGCAAGCUGAAGGUCUUCAACCCCCGGAUUGGCAUGGAUGCCUUGCAGAUCUACCCAAUCAGCCAGGCCAACGCCAACCAGCGCUCGGGCCGAGCCGGGAGGACGGGUCCAGGUCAGUGUUUCAGGCUGUACACGCAGAGCGCCUACAAGAACGAGCUGCUGACCACCACCGUGCCGGAGAUCCAGCGCACCAACCUGGCCAACGUUGUGCUGCUGCUCAAGUCUCUGGGGGUGCAGGACCUGCUGCACUUCCACUUCAUGGAUCCCCCUCCAGAAGACAACAUGCUGAACUCCAUGUACCAGCUGUGGAUCCUUGGAGCGCUAGACAACACAGGUGGGCUGACCUCGACGGGGCGCCUGAUGGUGGAGUUUCCCCUCGACCCGGCCCUCUCCAAGAUGUUGAUCGUUUCCUGCGACAUGGGCUGCAGCUCCGAGAUCCUGCUGAUCGUCUCCAUGCUCUCUGUGCCGGCCAUUUUCUACCGGCCCAAGGGCCGGGAGGAAGAGAGCGACCAGGUGCGAGAGAAGUUUGCCGUCCCCGAGAGCGACCACUUGACCUACCUGAACGUCUACCUGCAGUGGAAGAACAACAGCUACUCCACGCUGUGGUGCAACGAGCACUUCAUCCAUGCGAAGGCCAUGCGCAAGGUGCGUGAGGUGCGAGCGCAGCUGAAGGACAUCAUGGUGCAGCAGCGCAUGAGCCUGGCGUCGUGCGGCACCGACUGGGACGUGGUUCGCAAGUGCAUCUGCGCCGCGUACUUCCACCAGGCUGCCAAACUGAAGGGCAUUGGAGAGUACGUCAACAUCCGGACAGGCAUGCCCUGCCACCUCCACCCCACCAGCUCACUCUUCGGCAUGGGCUACACACCUGACUACAUCGUCUACCACGAGCUUGUGAUGACCACCAAGGAGUACAUGCAGUGCGUCACGGCGGUGGACGGCGAGUGGCUGGCUGAACUGGGGCCCAUGUUCUACAGCAUCAAACACGCGGGCAAGUCUCGUCAGGAGAGCCGCCGGCGGGCCAAGGAGGAAGCCUCAGCCAUGGAAGAGGAGAUGGCUCUAGCGGAGGAGCAGCUGCGCGCCCGGCGGGAGGAGCAAGAGCGCCGCAACCCAGUGGGCAGCGUGAGGUCUGCCAAGAUCUACACGCCGGGGCGCAAGGAGCAAGGCCAGCCGGCCACUCCCCGCCACACACCAGCUCGCUUCGGUCUGUGAGGGCCACCGCCUCCUCCUCCUCCGCCGCCGCCGCCGCCCUGUACAUAGGUCCCUGCUGUGUUCAGUGGGGGCAGGGCCCACCUUGGACAGACACUGAGAAAUAAUUUUAUUGUUUAUAUAAAUGUUGCUGCUUCCAGACCCUA